ACCCGCCGCGCGUCUUAUCGCGUGGUUUCCGUGUUUUGUGCGGAAGUCGCGUUAGCCCGUAGCUCGUGGUUGUUGUGCCGUUUCUAAUGAAUAAAAACAGAAGCAGCGGGGUUUCGUGGGUGAAACCGGCGGAACCGUCGUUCCUCACCAAGUUUAAAAGUGACGUCGGCUUCAAAGAAGGACCCAACGUCGACACGAAGCGCCAGGUGAUGCCAGAUCUGGACGAUGACGGCGGGAGCGAUCGAGAGGACGAGUUACCUCAAGUUGUGGUUCUAAAGAGUGGAGAUCUGACUGCAGAGGAGGUGAAGACGAUUAAGGAUGGAAAGGACGAUCAAGUAGAUGCAGCAGGUAGCGAGGCCCCUUCUAAAGGCAAAAUCCUGUUCAAGAAGCCGGCCAAGCGCUCCUCUUCAGACAAGUUCCAAGGCAUCACUGCCACUUCCAGCAAGAAGAAGAAGAGUGAAGCAGGAAAAGGGGGGGAGGAGGGGAAAACCGGGAGUAAAGUAAAAAACAACAGCCUCCUGUCAUUUGGAGGAGACGAGGAUGAGGAGGACUGAAGUGAACUGAUGCUGCCCGAGAUGUAAACUAGCUUGUAAAUAUUUUGAGCUGCUGCAGCCGUCCCGUGUGAACCGUGUUUCCGUCCUUUAGCCGCUGCCUUCAGGGCAUCCAGAUGGCUGAUUUACGUUUCUACGUGAAACUCUAAAAACUGAUUUUCUUGUGUCGGUGAACGCACCACAAGAGCUAAAUCAACAGGAACCGACCGGUUUCCGUUUUCAUCUCCAGACUCAGUAUCUGUACAUCAGAAACAAGCCGGCACGUUCCUGAGAUCCAGAACCGCCGUUCCUGCUGCGGUUCUCCUGCCCACCAGUCGGACCUUCUACUUUAACAUCAGCAGCUCUCCAGAUUUCAUGAAGGUCUUUAACGUUGGCUGCUGUUAACCAGUUCACUAGCUGAUCUUAUUCAGAUGUUGACCUCUGACCUGUCAAUCAUCCAGGAGUCAACCGCUAAACCCAAGGGAUGAGCCGGUCUUCUCUGUGGAGCAGCCUCCCAGUGAUUCAUGUAGUCAUGAACGUUCCUCUGGUGCUGGUUUCACCUGCAGCUGUUUGGAGAUCAGGUCUUACUGGUCACCUUCCAGUAAAACCACUUCUGGGACUGGGAAUCGUGGUGUUCCGUUUUCCUCCGUUAGCUUCAGGCUCGUGGUCCGUUUGAGUGUGAAUAAUGAAUUUUAACGGUCGGUCUUGCUGCAACGUUUGAUAGAAACAAUAAAGAAUUUAAAGCUU